GUGGCGCUGCGAGAGCCACCUGGUAUACCGUACAGCGAACCGUAUUCCUUUUCGUACAAGAAACACAUCCGCGAUGGCUGAUACGAAACCCAAAGCGGAGAAGAAGACGAAAGCCGCAGCGGCUGCACCAGCUGCCGCCGGUGACAAAACCGGUGUGAAGAAGCGCCCAUUCAAGCGGCACGGACGUCUUUACGCUAAAGCCAUCUUCACGGGUUACAAGCGUGGUCUGCGCAACCAACAUGAAAACACUGCCUUGCUGAAGAUUGAAGGCACAGCAAACAAACAAGACAGCUGGUUCUACGUUGGCAAGCGCUGUGUCUAUGUAUACAAGGCCAAGAACAAGACCUGUGUGCCCGGAAAACCCAAAUCUGUGAAAUCCAAAGUGCGCGCGAUUUGGGGCAAAGUCACCAGGCCACAUGGUGUUAGUGGCAAUGUUAGAGCCAAGUUCAAGAAGAACCUUCCUGCUAAGGCUAUGGGACAUCGUAUUCGCAUUAUGUUGUACCCUUCAAGGAUUUAAACUAAGUAACUUUUUAUGAUUGUAAUUAUAAAAAUAUAAGAAAAAUCAUUAAAAA